GACACAAGCAGGAAAUUACACGACGAGAGAAAAAUAGAAAAAGUUCGACAGUUUGUGCUCCACUGAAUUGUCUGAAACAAUAAAUCAAUUGAUGAAGUAUUUUGUAGGUGAUAUUCUAGUCAGUAAACAGGAAGUGAACAUCAACAGCUCUUGACAGGUGUUCAAUGGACUGUUCAGAUGAUGUCAUGGACUCCACAAAGGAUCUCAGUGGACAGACAGACACAGGGGAGGUCAAGAGUGUCAUUCAUGGAGAAUCUCCUGAAUCCAGCUGUGUGUCCAUGAAGAGUGACGGGUCAAUGGGUCGUCCAUAUAACUUCAGUUCAGGAGCUCCUUGUGCUGAUGUGAGAGAUGAUGUGACUGGAGACCUGCAGCAGGAUUCUCAUCCACCAGUAGAUGAUGUUCUUCAGACAGUCAAAGACAAACACAAAACCAGCAUGAAGAACAAGUAUGAGAGCUUAUUUGAGGGAAUCAAACUACACGAGAAUCAAACGCUCCUGAACAGGAUUUACACACAGCUCUACAUCAUAGAGGGAGAGAGUGAAGGGGUGAAUGAAGAACAUGAGGUUUUACACAUGGAGAAAACACCCAGAACUCAACACCAUCAAGAAACUCCAAUCUACUGCAAUGACAUCUUUAAACCUGAAGCAGGAUGUGAGGAGAAGAGAACAGAGCAAAUAAAGACUGUUCUCACUAAAGGCAUCGCUGGAAUUGGAAAAACAGUCUCUGUGCAGAAGUUCAUUGUGGACUGGGCCGAGGGAAAGGCCAAUCGGGAUGUAGAUUUCAUGUUUGUGCUUCCAUUUCGAGAGCUGAACUUGAUUAAAGAUGAGCAGUACAGUCUUCACAAACUUCUGCUGGACUUUCAUCCUGAACUUCACGAUCUGGACUCAAAGAUUUAUGAUGAGUGUAAACUUGUGUUCAUCUUUGAUGGUCUGGAUGAAAGCAGAAUUAAACUGGAGUUUUCAGACAUUGAGAAAGUUCCUGAUGUGACUGAGACUUCAUCAGUGGGUGUGUUGAUGUCAGACCUCAUCAAAGGAGAUCUGCUUCCCUCUGCUCUCAUCUGGAUCACCUCCAGACCAGCAGCAGCCAAUCAGAUCCCCUCCAAAUACAUCAAGCGUGUGACAGAGAUUCAGGGAUUCAAUGACCCUCAGAAGGAGGAAUAUUUCAGGAAGAGAAUCAGUGAUGAGCAUCAAGCCAGCAGAAUCAUUUCACACAUUAGAAGAGCAAGAAGCCUCCACAUCAUGUGCCACAUACCAGUCUUCUGCUGGAUCUCAUCCACUGUGCUUCAAAACAUCCUGAAACAAGACGACAGUGCAGAAAUCCCUCAAACUCUGACUGAAAUGUACAUCCACUUCCUGCUCAUUCAGAUCAAUGUGAGGAAUCAGAAGUAUGAUGAGAAACUCCUGCAGUCCAACAGAGAAGUGGUUGUGAAACUUGCUGAACUGGCUUUCAAACAGCUGAUGAAGGGCAAUGUCAUGUUCUAUGAGGAGGACCUGAAAGAGAGCGGCAUAGAUGUCACUGACGCCUCAGUGUAUUCUGGGAUCUGCACUGAGAUCUUUAAGGAGGAAUCUGUGAUUCAUCAGAGGAAAGUCUACAGCUUCAUUCAUCUGAGCUUUCAGGAGUUUCUGGCUGCUUUCUUUGUGUUUUACUCACAUUUAAAGAAGAAGAACAGUGAACCACUGCAGAUGUUUCUGGAUUAUAGAUAUGAAUCAAACAUUAGAGGAAACUGUCUGUAUAAUCUACUAACAGCAGCAGUUAAUAGAGCCCUUCAGAGUGCAAAUGGACAUCUGGAUCUAUUCCUGCGAUUCCUGCUGGGCAUCUCACUGGAGUCCAAUCAGAGACUCUUCCAGGAUCUACUGACACACACACAGAACAGUUCAAAGAAGAUCAGAGAAAUCACAAAGUACAUUAAAGACACAAUCAAGCGUGGUGAAUAUCUCUCAGCUGACAGAUCCAUCAGACGGUUCAGUGGUGAUGAUGAUGAUGACAGAUCCAUCAGUCGGGUCAGUAAUAACUAUAAACCUCUCUCAGCUGACAGAUCCAUCAAUCUGUUCCUGUGUCUGCUGGAGAUGAACGAUCAGACUCUGUCCAGAGAGAUUCAGGAGUUUGUGAAAUCAGACAAACACUCAGAGGAGAAACUCUCUCCUGCUCAAUGUUCAGCGAUCGCCUACAUGCUUCAGAUAUCAGAGGAGGUGAUGGAUGAGUUUGAUCUGAAGAAAUACAACACAUCAGAUGAGGGCAGAAGACGACUGAUACCAGCUGUGAUGAACUGCAGAAAAGCUCUACUUGCAGGCUGUAAUCUCACUGAUGAGUGCUGUGAAAGUUUGUCUUCAGUUCUACAACCAUCAAACUCAUCAAGUCUGAGAGAGCUGGACCUGAGUAACAAUGACCUGCAGGAUUUAGGAGUGAAGCUGCUCUCUGAUGCACUGAAGAGUCCUCACUGUACACUGGAGAUACUGAGAUUGGCAGGUUGUGGAUUCACUGGUCAGUGCUGUGAAAGUUUGUCUUCAGUUCUACAAUCAUUAAUCUCCUCAAGUCUGAGAGAGCUGGAUCUGUGUAACAAUGACCUGCAGGAUUUAGGAGUGAAGCUGCUCUCUGAUGCACUGAUGAGUCCUCACCGUACACUGGUGAUACUGAGAUUGGCAGGUUGUGGAUUCACUGGUCAGUGCUGUAAAAAAUUUUAUUCAGUAAUACAAUCAUCAAACUCCUCAAGUCUGAGAGAGCUGGAUCUGAGCAACAAUGACCUGCAGGAUUCAGGAGUAAAGCUGCUCUCUGAUGUACUGAAGAGUCCUCAAUGUACAUUGGAAAUACUGAGAUUAUCUGGCUGUAUGGUGACAGAGGCUGGCUUUUGUUCUGUGACUUCAGCUCUGAGUUCAAACCCCUCACACUUACGAGAGCUGGAUCUGAGCUACAAUUACCCAGGAGAAUCAGGAGCCAAACUGCUCUCUAAGAGACUCAACGAUCCAAAUUUCACACUGGACAAACUUAAUGUGGAUCAUGGAGGAGAGUUCAGGAUUACAGCAGGACCACGCAAAUGGGUCUGUGAUCUCACACUGGAUUCAAACACAGCACACACUGAACUCAUUCUGUCUGAGGGGAACAGGAAGGUGACACGUGUGAGAGAGUGUCAGUCAUAUCCUGAUCAUCCAGAGAGAUUUGAUGACUAUCAUCAGGUUUUGUGUAGAGAGAUUCUGACUGGACGCUGUUACUGGGAGACUCAAUGGAGUGGACGUGUUGAAAUUUCAGUGUCAUAUAAAGAAAUCAGCAGGAAAGGAUGGAGUCGUGACUGUUGGUUUGGAUUCAAUGUAAACUCCUGGAGUCUGAGGUGCUUAAAUGACAGAUUCAUUGUCCAUCACAAUAAUAACAGAACUGACAUAUGUCCCCCUUCAGACGACUGUAAGAGAGUAGGAGUGUAUUUGGACUGUCCGGCCGGCACUCUGUCCUUCUACAGUGUCUCUGACACACACACACUCACACACUUACACACAUUCAUCAGCACAUUCACUCGACCCCUCUAUGCUGGAUUUGAUCUUUAUUCUGAUUCCUCAGUGAGUCUGUGUGAAAUUGAACAUUAGAGACACACACACACACACACACACACACACACACACACACACACACACACAGACACUCUCACACACACACACACUCACUCACACACGCACACACAUACACAUACACACACACACACACACACACACACACACACACAGACACUCUCACACACACACACACUCACUCACACACGCACACACACACACACACACACAACUGGAUGAGUGAAAUAUACUCACUGUAUCUCACAUCAACACAACUCCAAACUCUUUCUACAAAUCAUUUACUACUCAGGGUUUCUGCGGGUCUUAAGUCUUAUUUUAAGCUGAAAUGAAUGUGGUUACCAUGGCAAUAACGUAAUGUGCUCUUUGUCAUCCUGUCAGUAUGGUAUAUUUUCAAAAAAGUAUUUACAAAUAUUGUAUCAGUUAAAACAUAUAUACAAAGUGAUAUGACCAUUGUAAAGGUCAACACACAGAGGCAUGGAAUGGGUGACAUACCAAGCAAAGAGCAGAUGCUUGUUCAUAUACAACCAUUAAGAAAAUAUCAUUAUGGGUAAUUUGUGAAGAAAUAUCAUUAGGGUUAAUUACAUGAUGACUCGCUGUGUGUUAUUCAAUUAUAUUGUUAGAAUGUAUAUUCUCUAGAAACAAUUUUUUUUUUUUUUAAAUAGACGGCUUGGGAAAUUUCCACCAUUUUGUUAAAACCAGAUGAUCUAGGAAAUAAUGGUGGCGAGCUAAGAUGAUGUAAAGCCCGUUGGCUGAAGAUAGCCAAGUUAAACGAUUAAUGGGCUCAGAGAAGAUAACAGAAUUGUAUAAAGAUGUUGGACAGAACUGAAGAGUCAGAAUGCACAGCUGCCUUCUCAGGUUUAUUGGUUGCUUAAUAAACUUCUACCUUUGAUA